AUGUGGAAUUAUUUAAAAGAUUUGUGCCUAAUAACUACGUCUAAAGUUUUAGAAAUUAAAUAUCUACAUUUAGAUUUUGAAAUCGGUGCACAUGAAGCUGUACGUGAAACAUUUUCCGGUGUUACGAUAUUUGGAUGCCGUUUUCAUUUAGCUCAAGCUUGGUGGCGUAAAAAUGCUUACAAAGAAAAGAAUAGUGAAUUUGGUGAUUGGCUGAAAAUGUUUUUCGGACUCCCAUUUCUGCAACAUACAGAAGUAGAAGAUGGUUUUAUACAGCUAAUGUCGUUAUGUCCAAAUGAAUUAUAUGGUCAUAUAUUUGCUGAUUAUAUUUUAAAAACAUAUGUUGAACCAGAUUGUUUAUUUCCUCCAGUUUUAUGGGCAAAAGAACCAUUUCAACAUCCUAGGACUACUAAUGCCGCAGAAAGUUUUCAUCGGACUUUUAACAGACAGUUUUAUUGCACACGUCCACCUAUAUACGCUGUCAUACAAACUUUACUCGAAACCCAAGAAGAAACGUCUUUAAAACUCAAUACCAUUCAACAGGGUACUGUUCAAAAGGCAUCAAAAGCAGAAGAAGAAACAAUUGCAAAAACAAUACAAUCAUAUCGUAACUACUGUCAAAAUAAAUCUUCUGAAGAAUUAAUAAAAUAUUUAACGCAUCUGGGAAAUCUAUAUAGGGGAAUUAAAUUGUAA